AGCAACCAAAACUAUAUCUGACACCACAACAACUAUUGGUGCAACAACUUUGGCUACCACAACAACCCCUGAAACAUCCUCAACUUUAGCGCUAACAUUGACAACUAAUGCAGCAACCACAACAAUAUCUGACACCACAACGAGUAUUGGUGCAACAACAACAACGACUUUGGCUACCACAAGUGUCCCUCAAACAUCCUCAUAUGUACCAAUAAUGUUGAUAACUGAUGCAGCAACCACAACUAUAUCUGACACCACAACAACAGUUGAAGCAACAACAACAACUUUGGCUACCACAAGCACCCCUGAAACAUCCUCAACUGUAGCGCCAACAUCGACCACUGAUGCAGCAACCACAACUAUAUCAGACACCACAACAACUAUUGGUGCAACAACAACAACGACUUUGGCUACCACAAGUGUCCCUCAAACAUCCUCAAAUGUACCAAUAAUGUUGAUAACUGAUGCAGCAACCACAACUAUAUCUGACACCACAACAACAGUUGAAGCAACAACAAAAACUUUGGCUACCACAAGCACCCCUGAAACAUCCUCAACUGUAGCGCCAACAUCGACCACUGAUGCAGCAACCACAACUAUAUCAGACACCACAACAACUAUUGGUGCAACAACAACAACGACUUUGGCUACCACAAGUGUCCCUCAAACAUCCUCAAAUGUACCAAUAAUGUUGAUAACUGAUGCAGCAACCACAACUAUAUCUGACACCAUAACAACAGUUGAUGCAACAACAACUUUGACUACCACAAGCACCCCUCAAACAUCUUCAACUGUACCACCAAUGUCAACAACUAAUGCAGCAACCAAAACUAUAUCUGACACCACAACAACUAUUGGUGCAACAACUUUGGCUACCACAACAACCCCUGAAACAUCCUCAACUUUAGCGCUAACAUCGACAACUAAUGCAGCAACCACAACAAUAUCUGACACCACAACGACUAUUGGUGCAACAACGACUUUGGCUACCACAAUUGUCCCUCAAACAUCCUCAAAUGUACCACCAAUGUCGACAACUGAUGCAGAAAGCACAACAAUAUCUGACACCACAACAACUGUUGAUGCAACAACAACAGCUUUGGCUACCACAAGCACCCCUCAAAUAUCUUCAACUGUACCACCAAUGUCAACAACUAAUGCAGCAACCACAACUAUAUCUGACACCACAACAGCUAUUGGUGCAACAACUUUGGCUACCACAAGGACCCCUGAAACAUCCUCAACUGUAGGGCCAACAUUGACCACUUAUGCAGCAACCACAACUAUAUCUGACACCACAACAACAGUUGAUGCAACAACAACAACUUUGGCUACCACAAGAACCCUUGAAACAUCCUCAACUGCAGCUCCAACAUUGAAAACUGAUGCAGCAACCACAACUAUAUCUGACACCACAACAACAGUUGAAGGAACAACAACAACUUUGGCUACCACAAGCACUCCUCAAACAUUCUCAACUGUAGCGCCAACAUCGGCAUCUGAUGCAGCAACCACAACUAUGUCUGACACCACAACAACUAUUGGUGCAACAACAACAACGACUUUGGCUACCACAAGUGUCCCUCAAACAUCCUCAAAUGUACCAAUAAUGUUGAUAACUGAUGCAGCAACCACAACUAUAUCUGACACCACAACAACAGUUGAAGCAACAACAACAACUUUGGCUACCACAAGCACCCCUGAAACAUCCUCAACUGUAGCGCCAACAUCGACCACUGAUGCAGCAACCACAACUAUAUCAGACACCACAACAACUAUUGGUGCAACAACAACAACGACUUUGGCUACCACAAGUGUCCCUCAAACAUCCUCAAAUGUACCAAUAAUGUUGAUAACUGAUGCAGCAACCACAACUAUAUCUGACACCAUAACAACAGUUGAUGCAACAACAACUUUGACUACCACAAGCACCCCUCAAACAUCUUCAACUGUACCACCAAUGUCAACAACUAAUGCAGCAACCAAAACUAUAUCUGACACCACAACAACUAUUGGUGCAACAACUUUGGCUACCACAACAACCCCUGAAACAUCCUCAACUUUAGCGCUAACAUCGACAACUAAUGCAGCAACCACAACAAUAUCUGACACCACAACGACUAUUGGUGCAACAACAACAACGACUUUGGCUACCACAAUUGUCCCUCAAACAUCCUCAAAUGUACCACCAAUGUCGACAACUGAUGCAGAAAGCACAACAAUAUCUGACACCACAACAACUGUUGAUGCAACAACAACAGCUUUGGCUACCAUAAGCACCCCUCAAACAUCUUCAACUGUACCACCAAUGUCAACAACUAAUGCAGCAACCACAACUAUAUCUGACACCACAACAACUAUUGGUGCAACAACUUUGGCUACCACAAGGACCCCUGAAACAUCCUCAACUGUAGGGCCAACAUUGACCACUUAUGCAGCAACCACAACUAUAUCUGACAUCACAACAACAGUUGAAGCAACAACAACAACUUUGGCUACCACAAGCACCCCUGAAACAUCCUCAACUGUAGGGCCAACAUUGACAACUGAUGCAGCAACCACAACUAUAUCUGACACCACAACAACAGUUGAUGCAACAACAACAACUUUGGCUACCACAAGAACCCUUGAAACAUCCUCAACUGCAGCUCCAACAUUGAAAACUGAUGCAGCAACCACAACUAUAUCUGACACCACAACAACAGUUGAAGGAACAACAACAACUUUGGCUACCACAAGCACUCCUCAAACAUCCUCAACUGUAGCACCAACAUCGGCAUCUGAUGCAGCAACCACAACUAUGUCUGACACCACAACAACUGUUGAUGCAACAGCAACUUUGACUACCACAGGUGCCCCUCAAAUAUUCUCAAAUGUACCACCAAUGUCCACAACUGAUGCAGCAACCACAACUAUAUCUGACACCACAACAACAGUUGAUGCAACAACAACAACUUUGGCUACCACAAGGACUCCUGAAACAUCUUCAAUUGUAGAGCCAGCAUUGACAACUGAUGCAGCAACCACAAUUGUAUCUGACACCACAACAACAGUUAAUGCAACGACUUUGGCUACCACAACCACCCCUCAAAUAUCCUCAACUGUACGACCAAUGCUGACAUCUGAUGCAGAAACCACAACUAUAUAUGACACUACAGUAACAGUUGAUGCAACAACCAAUUUGUCUACCACAAGGACCCCUGAAACAUCAUCAACUGUACCACCAAUGUCGAAAACUGAUGCAGCAACCACAACUAAUUUGUCAACAACCUCUACUGUGCUUGAAAUAACAACAGCACAUCCAACUUCAGCUAUUUUUGAGACAUCUACAUCUUUGGCUUCUGAAACAACACUGAAUAUAAACCAUCCAACAACCACUAUUGUGGCUGAAAGCACAACACUUCCAACAACAACUAUCGGUGAGACAACUACAACUGUGUCUACCACAGCCACAACACUUUCAACUACAGGACCAAACAUUGCAACGGAUGUAGUAACAACAACAACUUUGGCUACCACAAAGACUCUUCCAACAUUCUUAACAUUAACAACUGAUGCAGCAACCACAUCUCUUGAUGCAACAACUACAACUUUGGCUCCCACAAUCACAACAACUCCUCAAACAAUAGUGGAGAAGUCAACAAUACCAACCACUAAAAUUCAUCCAUCAUCUGUGACUAUGCCUGAAACUGCAAUAACACUUCCAAAAACUACUACUGUUCGUGAGACAAAUACAACUUUGGUUUCCACAACAACAAACCAUCCUACAACAACUACUCUGGCUGAAACCACAACAGCACUUCAAACUACAGCUAUUGGUGAGACAACUACAACUUUGGCUAAUGAAACCACACUGACUACAAACCAUCCAACAACCACUGUUGUGGCUGAAACCAAAAUACUUCCAACAACAGCUAUUGUUGAAACAACUACAUCUUUGGCUACCACAACACUUUCAUCUACAGAACCAACCACUACAACUGAUGAAGCAACCACAACUAUGCCUGAAACCACAACAACUUUUGCUGCAACAACUUUGGCUACCACAAGCACCCCUCCAACAUCCUCAUCUAUAACACUAAUGUUAACAAUGGAUGGUGCAACUAGAACAAUGCCUGAAAAAACAACAGUAAUUCCAACAACAACUAUUGGUGAGACCGCUACAACUUUGGUCUCCACAACAACAAACCAUCUGACAAAAACUACUGUGGCUGAUAUCACAACAACACUUCCAACUACAGUUAUUGGUGGGUCAACUACAACCUUGGCUUCUGAAACCAGACCGACUACAAAUCAUCCAACAACCACUAUUUUGGCAGAAACCACAACAUUUACAAUGACGACAACUAUUGGUGGGAUAACUACAAUAGCUCCCAGAAACACAACAACCCCUUCAACAAUAGUGGAGGGGUCAACGAAAGCACCAACUACUACAAUUCCAACAACAACCACAACAAUCCCUGAAGCCACAACUACUAUUCUUGAGACUUCAAAUACAACUAUUGGUGUGACAACAGCAACUUUGUUUUCUGAAACCACGAUGACUACAAAUCGUCCAACAACCACUGUUGUGGCUGAAAUUACAACACUUCCAGCAACAACAACAACUACAACUACUGGUGAGAUAUCUACAGCUUCAGCUCCCACAAGAACAAUUACCUCCACAAAUGUCUCAACUACAGCACCAAAUACUACAGCCCAUUCAACAACUGCUACUGUGGCUGGUAGCACAAUAGCUUCUCCAACUACAACUAUUGUUGAGACAACUACAAAUGCCAUUUCCAUAACAACACAUCCAACAACCCCCACUGUGUUUGAAACUACAACAGCACUUCCAAUUGCUACUAUUGGUAAAACAACAACAACUUUGGCUUCUGAAACCACAAAUCAUUUAACAACCACUAAUGUGACAGAAACCUCAAAAGUACUUCUAACUACAACUAUUGAUGAGACAAUUAUGACAUUAGAUUCCAAAACAACAAAUCCCCCAACUAAUACUACUGUGGCUGAAACCGCAUCAACACAUCUAACUUCAGCUAUUGCUGAAACAACAUUGACUACAAAUCACCCAACAACCACUAUUGUGGCUGAAACCACAACACUUCCAACAACAACUAUAAGGGAGAUGACAAAAGUUUUGGCUUCUGAAACCACACUUGCUUCAAAUCAUCCCACAACUAAUACUAUGGCAGAAACAGCAAUAACAUUUACAACAAUGAAAACUAUUGGUGAGAUAACUGCUACGGCUUUUACAAUCACAGCCCCUUCAUUGGAAGUUGAGGGAUCAAUGACAGCAUCAACCACUACAAUUCAACCAACAACUAUAAAUGAAACCACAACCACUAUUCCUGCAACAAAAACUUUAGCUUCAGCAUCCACAGUUUUGGCUCCCACAGUAAACCAUGCCUCAACUAUGUCUGAAACCACAACAACUAAUAUGAAAGAGAUAACAAUAACCUCAGCUUCCAGAAGCACAAUGGCUUCCAUAACCACAACAAACCCUAAAACGUUUUCAACUAAAGAAACAACCUCUACACCUCAUUCAAAAACAACAACUAUGUAUGAAGGUAAAACUACAACUAUAGCUUCCACAGCAACCCCUACAAAACUGGUGAAGAACUCAACAACAGAACCAAACACUACAAUUCAUCCAAUGAUGUCAACUAUGGCUGAAACAAAAACAACAACUAUUAGUGAGACAACAACAUUGGCUCCCAAAAACACAAUGACCCCUCCAACAUUCUCAACUAAAGCACCAACCAACUCAAAACCAAAACCAACUACAGCCCUGCCUAAAUCAUCAGCAACUGCCACUGUUACAUCAGUAAAGCCAGUCACUCAAACCGCCAUAUCAGGAACUAUACCCUCAAAUGUCACUCAGGCUGCAAUAACCCGAUUCAUCACAACUCCAGCUCUAAAAGUGACAGACAGGACAUCUCAGAAACCUGGAGAAUCACCAAAAGUGAUUGGGAGGGUGAUUAUUUACAUUCGGCUCAUAUUUAUCACACUGGGCCCCAUACCAAGUGAGGUUAAAAUAGUAGAGUUAGCUAACUCUCUGUUGGACUCACGUUUUAGAAUCAAACGAGAUCUAAGAGCACAAAGCCUAAAUACCCCUGUGAGCUUUGUGAAUGUUACUUAUAAAAAAAUUUCUGAUACAUCAUAUUCCCUGAAUUUUGGAUUUGAAAUCAAGAAUGUUUCCAUGUCUGAAAAACCUGAACUCAGGAAUGACACAUAUAAGUUAAUCCAGGACCCUAUAAAUAAACUGCUGAACCAGAUCCUAACUGACCCCACAGCCACUCCAUUUGUGUUCAAUGAGGACACAAUGAAUUUCACGGGUAAUUCCACCACUAUUGAGGCUGAUGUGCAUUAUGUUUUCUCCGAAAAAGACAUCAAGACACCCAGUGCCUUUCUCUAUGCACUUCUUGUGGUUAAUAAUGAGACUAUUACCACAACUACUGCUGCAAGAACCACCUUUUACCCCACAGUGCUGAGCAGUGCAAUCACAAACAACAGCACUAGCGCAGCAUGGAUUGUGGCCAUUAUUGUCCCUUGUGCUAUUGCCAUCAUACUUGUACCUUGCUGGAUUCUCCUUUGUUGUUUGCUCUGUGGAUGCUGUACAGCAUUAAGAAGACGUUGGCACAGAAGACGGUCAUACAAUGUACAAUACACCACUCGAAACAGCCUUUUCUAGAGAAUUAGAGACUCGUUUCAAGAAGGGAAAUACAUCAGCAAAAAUUACUAACGUUGAUUACUUAUAUUACUAAUCCAAAUUGUUACAGUGGUACUUUAAGAUCAGAUUUAUCUUUCCCAAUGAAUAUGAUAUCUUAGAGAUUUUAUAAUACACAAUUUACUAUUUAUUAUUUUCUUGUGCCUGUAUUGCUGGACAGACAGGAUCUCAAAUUGUGAUGAAUGUAAAUUAUUUUCAGAAUUUCUCAGAAAAAAAAAAAUUAUUUAAUAAUUUACAAUGUUUACAUUUUACAAUAACAAUGUUUGUUUUCCAAAUAAUUUAUUUGAUAUUACACAUUUAAUUUUAAGGGGCAAUCUGGAUAAUAUUAAACCUAUUCACACUUUAUGCACUUUAUCUCCAUUUGUGAUCAUUCAAAUCACUUUUGUUCUAAUCUGACAAGAUUGCCCUACAGCUGUUGACAGGAAAUUUGUAUUUCAUUAAGGCAGCACACUAACCCUAAAGCCACAAACAGCUGAUUUCAUCUUUUAAAUCACAACCACAUUGACUACUGUUGAUCUAACAGUACGCAGUGUAAACACUAUGCAUACUAUGUCUAAAUAAAAACCUUAUAAUGUUGAAAAAUAAACAAAUCAUAUUUA